UGCACUAACUAAACAGUUAAGACCUCUACAAGAAACAAAAGGAUACAAAAUAUUCAACAUGCCACCACCACACGAUCACGAACGAGGAUUAUUCGGCAUCCAUUUCGGUGUAUCCCUGGGAGGCCAUGGACACCAUCACCAUCAUCACCACGGACCACCGCCGCCGCCUCCGCACCAUCACCACCACUACGGACCACCACCGCCGCCGCCGCCACAUCAUCAUCAUCACCACCACCACGGACCACCGCACCAUGUCGAUCACCACUAUCAUCAUGGGCACCACGAUCAUCACUAUGAUCACCACCAUGGACACCAUGAUCACCACCAUCAUCAUCAUGGUCCUCCACAUCACCAUCAUGGCUGUUAGCAAGGAUAAUGCUCAUGAUGUGUGAUUCAUUUGUGAUUUGGUGUUUUUUUUUCUCUCUCUAACCCUAAACAACGAAUUUUAUUUAUUUCAACCAAAAAUUUUAAUUAUAAUAAACAAAAAGUGUGAAAACAAAAAA